AUGUCGAAAUAUCUCUCGAAGGAAGAGAUGGAGGAAGCCAUGAAGAAAUUGGCAUACCAGGGAGACACCGCCGCGAAGCUGAGAGAAAUACGCCACCUCCAAGCACCACGCAAGGCAGAGAAGGAUGAAGACCUAAUUGAGUUGGAUGGCUCGGGGGAGUAUUAUACUACUCUGGAAACGAAUAAGAAAGAGACUGGCGACAGAAUAGAGAUGGAUGGUUCAGGGGGUACGUAUGAUGUUACUCCAGCGAAACAAACUACUCAGGGGCUCCACUGGUAUUUUGACCGUGAUAUGGCGCCGGAGAUAGCGGCUGAGACUGCGCGGCAGAAAAGGAGCAAUAGCCGGAGAGAUAGACAUAGCAAUACGGAAGGCGCUGGUGUAGGUUGUAGAGAUGUUAAGACGGUUGUCGUGGAUACGCUCGGUAAGUUGGGCCAUGCGGGGAGUAAAGGGGAGAAGGAUAGGGCGUUUGGAGAUCUUGGGAUGAGGAGAUCUAAGUCUGGGUAG